UGAGGCUCCUCUUAGAUGAAGGAAGUGACCGGGUCAAGGUCGCUGACCUCUCGGGGCUGUACAUGGAGAGGGGCUGCUGGCCAGAAAGAGAUGUUAGGUGGGGCCCCGGGAGAGGCGGAGCGCGGAGUGGAGGGGACAAAGGGCGGCCUGGGGGAGCCCGGGGAGGGCGGGGCUUGUUCCCCGCCCCCUCGCAGUCCCCGUGGGCCCCGGGGCCGCGCUCCCGGGAGGCCUGCGUGGCAGACAGCGAGCGGAGGGGCAGGCGCGGCCCCGGCGGGGGAGGCGGGAGCGCGCGUGCGCGGCCCCGGCAGCGGCGGUGGAGUUGGUGUUGGCGGCCGCGCGGCUAAGUUGCGUCUGGGACUCCGGGGCUCCGGCUGCACCGCGCUUCGCCCGCAGGAGCCGCCCAUCUUUUUUUGUGCGGAUUGGCAUGAUACCAUGGAAGGACAACAUAGCCAUGCACGUCACCUUGGGGAUCAGCCAGCGACAGAGUGUCCACCUGACCCCCAAAGACAUUUGACUUCGUUUCCCUAUCGCUGUACCUUAGCUGACUUCCAGAUAGAAAAGAAGAUAGGCCGAGGGCAGUUCAGUGAAGUUUACAAAGCAACGUGCCUCUUGGACAGGAAAACCGUGGCUCUGAAGAAGGUCCAGAUAUUUGAAAUGAUGGAUGCCAAAGCCAGACAAGACUGCAUUAAAGAGAUUGACCUCUUAAAGCAACUGAACCACCCAAAUAUCAUUAAGUAUUUGGACUCUUUCAUUGAAGAGAGUGAGCUGAACAUUGUCCUGGAGCUGGCUGAUGCAGGUGACCUCUCUCAGAUGAUUAAGUUUUUUAAAAAGCAGAAACGGUUAAUCCCCGAGAGGACGGUCUGGAAGUACUUUGUGCAGUUGUGCAGCGCCGUGGAGCACAUGCACUCCCGCAGGGUGAUGCACAGAGACAUAAAGCCUGCCAACGUGUUCAUAACGGCCACGGGGGUGGUGAAGCUGGGAGACCUCGGGCUGGGCCGCUUCUUCAGCUCCAAGACCACGGCAGCACACUCCUUAGUUGGAACACCUUACUACAUGUCCCCGGAGAGAAUUCAUGAAAAUGGCUAUAACUUUAAAUCUGAUAUCUGGUCUUUGGGCUGUUUAUUGUAUGAGAUGGCAGCUCUUCAAAGUCCCUUCUAUGGAGAUAAAAUGAAUCUUUUUUCUCUGUGUCAGAAGAUAGAGCAAUGUGACUACCCUCCUCUUCCAGGAGAACAUUACUCUGAGAAGUUGCGAGAAUUGGUCAGUAUGUGCAUAUACCCAGACCCUGACCAGAGACCCGACAUCGGCUAUGUGCACCAGCUAGCCAAACAGAUGCACAUCUGGAACGCCAGCACUUGAAUCCAAAGGCGAUUCACCAUCAAAGCCAUCAUCACUUAAUCUUACUUGAAUUUUCUUUCUCCAAAGAAGCUGACUGGUGGCCCAUGAGAGGAACAAUUGAGCAAAGAGGCCCUGAGUAGUUCUGCAGGGUUUUGGUCCUGGCUUUAAAAAUGAAGAGGCAGUGCAAGCUCGGGAGGGGGUGGGGGGAGGGGGAGCAAGCUAAGGACAGUUACCAUUCCUCUUCAAGGAGUCCUUUCUCUAAACAGUUGUGUAUAAUACAGGGUGUCUGUUAACAAGAGUGUCUCGGGGAAACUUCCAGUGAAACACUCUCUUGUAUCUCAGUUGUAAUGUGAAAUGCCAAAAAAGAACUCCUUCAUCAAAUUGUUCGUCAGUGUUUAUACACAUGUAAGAUUUGCCACGGACUGGUAAUUUGUGUAACUGUUAAUAAGCUUCUUUUGCAAACUGUUAAUAGUACAUUUAAUUAAGUCCUUCAUAUCCUUUGUAAGUGAUCAAACUCUGUGUUUGAUGUUCUCUGUUGCAAAGUGGAAACAUGGGUAGUAGUAGUAUUGGUUUCGGUUUGGUGGCUUUAAAUUUUCUAAAGGAAAAGUGGAGAUUUUGCUACUUUUUUACCUGCUUAUAACUAACUAACUAGCUAAGAAGUGCAGAAGAGUUAGAAUUAUAGUAUGUUAGAGCUGGAAGGGACCUAAAAGAUUCUAAUACAAAAUGAUUCAUGUGAUGGAGAAGGAAACUGAGGCCCAUAUAGGAAAAGUGACUUGCUCAGUCACACUGCGAAAUACAUGGUCAAGCCAGGACUAAAACCCAUACUUCCUGGCUCCCAGCUCUACCAGGAAUUCAAGAAACAAAUAUCGUCUUUUUUUUCUCUCCCAAAGUCAUCAGCUUGAACGUGGCCAAGGUUUCCUCUCGAUAUUUUUGUUCCACCAUUAUCCGCCUUAACAAAUUCAAAGGUGUGCAGUUUUUACUCAGACACAAAUGCCAACCAAGACUAUGGAUGAUGGAUGGCCUCAUUCAAGAGGAAUGUCCAACUCAGUUAUGUACAGAAAUGCUCUACGUGUCUUGUUUUCCCCAACAGGAUUAGAAUCCAGGUCUAAUCAACUGUGAAAAUGAACUUCUAAAUGUGAACUCGUGGUAAACUUAACCUUUUGAAGGAGGUAGAUGGAAUGUGUUUUACACAUCGAUACAACUGUCAUUCCUGGGAGUUGGUGAUGCUCCAGUGGAUCAGAAUGAAAAGGACUCCCUGGUUGGUGGGAGUCUGAAGUCAAGCUGUGGGGAGGCAUUCGAGCAGGACUUUGUGCUGUCUGGCAUACUGCCUCAAACCCACCCCCAAUUGUGUGACAUUAUUUCUGUGGCCACAAUGUAGAGUUUUGAGAUUUUCUUCAAAUGCAGUGUUUGCUUUGUUCUUAAUAUUUGUUCUCCAAUAUUGAAAUAAAACUGAGGUAAGAAGGUA